AUGUGUGAUAUCACAAACAAAAAUUUCUCAGGUGUGUCCCCCAGUACUACUCAUCUGACCAGUACUGCUCAGCCCACCAACACCACCACGUCUGUCACCUUGCCGACUCAGCCCACCAAAACCAGCCAGACAACAAGACCCACCACAGCUUCAUCAGUCACAUCAUCACAACUCAAUAUUACAGUGGUGACCACUUCCAAGAUAUCUUUCACUUCUGUGACAGCCACAUCAAAAUCUGAGGCUGAUGUAGGCAAAACCUCCCGAUUUGAUGUGGGCAGUUUUGUAGGUGGCAUUGUGCUGACACUUGGAGUCCUAGUUAUUCUCUACAUCGGAUGCAAAGCCUAUCACUCCAGAAGAGGCAUUCAGUACAGAACCAUCGAUGAACAUGAUGCCAUCAUUUAA